AUGAGGCUCAUCAACCUGGAGACUCUCGCGCUGGAGAGUUUCACCGGGUAUGGCAAGAUCCCGUCUUAUGCCAUCCUGUCCCACACCUGGGGUCCGGACGAGGUCACGUAUGCGGACAUGACGACUAGGAGCCGAGAGGAUCUAGAGUCAAAGGCUGGUUAUCAAAAGAUUGUCAAAUUCGGCCAGUUUGUGAGGGACAGGGAUGUUCCAAAACCGGUCGGGCGCGUUCCAAGGCCGACGCACAUCUGGGUCGACACGUGCUGCAUCGACAAGUCGAGCAGCUCGGAGCUGUCGGAGGCCAUCAACUCCAUGUUUGCGUGGUAUCAAGAGGCCGUCUUCUGCGUCGCCACCCUCGAGGAUUACGAGCACCCGGGUGGGGAGAGUUCAAGCCAGUUCCGCCCCAGCGAAGACGCAUUCCUCAAGUGCAGAUGGUUCACAAGAGGGUGGACGCUUCAGGAGCUGCUUGCGCCGGGACGGUUGUUUUUUGUCGACAAGAAUUGGGUAUCUCUAGGGCCCAGGUUUGAGGUGUUGGACGCGGUCUCGGCUGCUUCAGGGAUCGACGCGAUGUACUUGCAGACUGGAAGCUGGCAGAAGGCAAACAUCGCAAAAAGGCUAUCGUGGGCUGCUAAAAGGGAGACGACCCGGCCGGAAGAUCUCGCUUACUGCCUACUGGGAGUGUUCGGUGUCCAUAUGCCCCUACUAUACGGCGAAGGGGGUCACAGCGCUUUCAUCCGGCUGCAGGAAGAAAUCAUCAAGGAGUUCGACGACCACUCAAUUUUCGCCUGGGGCAGGCGGAAUCACGCAAAGACUGGUCCCUGGAAUGAAUCACCUAAUGUGGUUCUCGGCGCCUUCGCAUCACACCCAUCACAAUUUCAAGGACUCGACAACGUGCAAACAUAUUCCGGUGACGAAGAAGAGCCACACUCAGUAACCAACAAAGGCAUCAGAAUCCGACUGCCAAUCGUGAGGGUCGAAGGCAACACGACGAUUGCAAUACUACGGUGCCAUACGUCAGACCCACUAGGAGGCUUCAUGGGCAUAUACAUAGAACCAUGCCCCCUCAAACCAGGCGUAUACUGCCGCUCGUCCUCAACGCCCGCCCUCGCAUGCGUGUCCGACAACGUGGCCCAGAGCGCGGAGACGAAGCUCAUCUUUCUGCUCAAGAAGACAACGCCCGCCCACGAGAGCAUCGAGACCAUGGAGAGCAUAUCGAGCGUCUCCGUCACCGCCGUCAAGGACUGCGACUACGACAUCGUGUCCGCGGCGCCGGAGGAGCUGUGGGACACGCGGUACGGCACCCUCCGCCUGCGGCGCGGGCGGCUCAGCGCCACUGCGCUUAUUAGUAUGGAUAGGCUCAACGGACGGGGGCGGCAGCCCGGCGGGGCGAAGGAGUACUUUGUGCUGCUGCUCAGGGUCGACCCGUCCAGUCGCUGGGGCUUUCCGGACGCGAAGGUCGUACUUACCAAUACUUAA